AUGGCCACAAAACAAAUCCUUAGAGCUCAGUUACGCUCGUAUCCUGCAAAUGGUCACUCUGCGUACCUACCACAGGUCAGGAAAAUAGUAUUAGAAUACUGCCAGAAACUUCCUUCUUCCGCCAACACCCGUACUUUCAUCUCAAAUGACCUCCAGCGUGUUGCAUGGCAGAACCCACACGUAGAAUUCGUGGUCAAGCAGCGCAACGGUCAUGAACCAAUAGCAAGGGGAUUUUAUGUUAAUAGCCGUGACAAGGUCAUUCCAUUGCAGGAGUUCGAAGUUAAUGGUGUGGAGAAAAAAGUUCAACUACUCCUCGACUCCUCGGGCGCGAAAAUAAAGCAGCUCAAGAAGGGCCGUAUUGUGGAGAGUACGACAGAGGCCGCAAGAGGUAUCUGGAGCGGGCUGCAUGUUGACACCCCGUUCAAAAUAUAG